AUGGAAAUUUUUCAGGUCGGCCAAUCGCAACGCGUUGGAAUUAGCACCUAUGAACUGUUCGUAGGCUUUUUGGAUUAUUUCUCCAAUCAUUUCCAGUACGACGUUCAUAUUAUCCAAAUUAACACACCUGGUAAUGUGUCAAAGGUGGGCAAAUGGUAUCGAAGUCCAAUGGUGAUAAGAGAUCCUUUCGAACUUGACCAUAAUCUUGCGCAAGGAGUUGACGAUGACAUGUUUCGCUACAUUCGCACAUGCAUGAGACAUUCUCGAGCUGUGUUCAUGGAUACGAAUAUGCGUGCUGAAUUUCUUGCAUCGAAAGGUUUCCGAAAAGGAACAUUCGAUAAAGUUCGAAUGACGGAUGAUUUGCUCCGAGAAUAUGGCGUACAUCUUCUUCAUGCAUGUGUACCGGUUCAACAGCCUCCGGUACGUCAAUUUCACGGUCGAGAUCGGACGAUGAGUUGUAGCACGAACACGAGUGCUUCCUAG